AUGGCGUACAGAUCAACGGGUAUCGCCCGUCAGCUUUUCAACACUGCAGCUGUAGCAUCGUGCACCUCGAAACCGACGGCAGUACCUGUUGCCAGGACCUUUGCGUCUGUGCCUAGCCGCUCGAAUGCGUCAACCUCUUCCUCUGUCACCUUGGAUCAACUCCGCAAGCCAUCUCAACCAUCGGCGUCGAUUGAAAAUGGCUCUUUGACAGCGACAGUAACGGCUGCCGAAAGCGACGCCGUUUCUGCUGCACCGGAUGAAGAGCAAUUUGUGCUGCCCAACUGCUUGCUUCCCACCGAAGCACUUGGACGUACGCAUGGCAUUCAUGUUGCAACCCUACACCUGCGCUCCUACGAAGACGGUCGAGACAACCUGGAGCUUUUUGCCGACUUUGCGCGACGAGCAGCAUUUGCGAUCGGUAUUGCUGCGAGCGGCGUCGCUUCGCUUCCCAUCCGUACAUCACUCUGGACGGUGCCUCGAUCGCCAUUUGUGCACAAAAAGUCGCAGGAAAAUUUUUGGAGGAAGACGCACUCGAGAGCGAUCAAGCUUUACGAUGCCAACGACCAAGUGGUCGAUCGCUGGUUGCAUUUUCUGCGCAUCCAUGCUUUGCCCGGUGUAGGCCAGAAGGCCGAGCUGUUUCGAUACCACGAAGUGGGUGUAGGCGGAAAGCUGAUGGAGGAGGCAAAAGCUUUGCAGCGUUCAAGUACGACGGUUCUAGGUGGUGAAAAGAAGGGCACAGACGUUUCGCCGCCGCAAGGUUCGGCUGCGGAAAGCAUCAAGAAGAUCGCUGAUAGAAUUGUUGAAAACGAGAUAGCAACGGAGACGCCGUCAGAGCUGAAGUAG